GAGGCCCCAUCACCCACUCGGACAUGGCAAAUGACCUAUCAGCUACUAAAACUAGUCUCCAAUGGUUGGGAUGGGUCUAAUCUUGAAGCAAGAAUGUGUUUGCGAAAGCCCUGCUAGGAGAGUCCUCAAGAGACAAGGGUCACGAGCGACGCCUCCCUGUCGCAUGCUGAAACGUGCAUGUUGCCCGAUGAUGAUCGCAUAUGUAGCCGAAAUCGGCAAUUAUUUUUGUGAAACUGGUGGCUGACGUCAUGUCGUCCACCAUUCAGACGAUACGCAGCGCCGAGUGGCUGGUAACGACAGAGAUCGGCAAUGUGAAUGGAUCGUCAAGUUGAACUCGCUCUGACUGCAAAUUUCCUGGGACUCGCUCGGAAUGAUGAUGCCUCGAAGUCGUUCAGGCCUAAGGCCUCUUCCUAUUUCAGUCGCAGGCAGGAGAAGGGUUUCAGCGUACUUGGUGUAUCAGAUUCCUCUCCCAUAGCCGCUUGUCUCCCAUCACAACCGCAGCAAUCUCUAGAAGCUUCCCUAGGCCGGAAUGGAAAAAGGGGAGAAUGACACGAUGAAGCUCGACAUGGCUGCAAUGAAGCGGGAGCUGGAAGCAGUCAAGCGGGAGCUGUCACUGACAAGGCGGGAGUUGCAGGCACGAGGCAAGGAAAAGUCCGUUGAGCACAAGAGCAGGGCGUUGGAUGUGGCCACGGAAAUGAGGCGGAGUCAUGGCGAGAGGAAGGAGAUCUGGGAGAGAAUCCAUCGGGCGUCGCACUCAACCAGCCUGUCCUUCCGAGGUCUCUCCGGUCUAUCCAACGCCAUCCUGGGUCAUAUAUCCACCAUGACUCACCUAGAAAGGCUCGACCUGACUGGCUGCUCAGGCUUCAGUGCAGUGGGGAUCAAGCACCUUUACGAUGGCCUGUCACGGCUGGAAUUGCUGACUCUGAACAGAACGAGCAUCUCUGACAGCUCAUUAGAAGGCAUUGGAGCGUUGAGGAGUCUCCAGCAACUCAAUCUCGAGUACACCGAUGUGACUGAUGCUGGUUUGGCACACCUUGUUAACCUUCCCUCGCUCACUUCUCUGGAACUUCUAGGCUGUCGGGAUGUCACAUCUGCUGGUAUUGUUCAUGUGGGGAGGCUGAGAUCUCUUCAGGAACUCAUUCUGAGGAGGACCCGUGUGGCAUCUCCUGGCAUGGCGCAUGUGGGACAGCUGACAGGCCUUCGCCACUUUGAUCUGGGUGAGACAGAGGUGACGGAUGAUGGUUUGCAGCAUCUGACUUCACUGACUAAGCUCACGGUACUUGCCCUUCCGUGUGGGAUUACUGAUGCUGGGAUGGUCUGUGUGGGUAGGCUGCAGUCCAUUCACUGCCUGAAUUUGGAGGAGGCAACAAGGGUGACUCACGAAGGGCUGCGACACUUGACCUCCUUGACCCACCUGAGCUUCUUCGCUGCCCCGGCUGGCAUGGGAGAUGCUGGCAUAGAGGAAAUCAAGCGCCUCACAGACUUGGUGUCGCUGGGGUUGGAGAAUGCUACAGUUACUAAACGGGGUUUGAAGGGUUUGAGGUCCCUUCCGCAUCUGAAGCAUGUGAAAGCCAGUGGGCCGGGCUUGCAGCGGAUGGUGAAGGCUACCCUUCCUGGUGUGGAGGCGGACGCUUGCACAAUACUGUGAAACAGAAGCUAGAAGCGCGGAAUAUUGGAUGUUUAGGACUAGGUAAAUGAUUUGGUGCUAGCUGUGUACUGUACAGCACACAUCUGGAUAUAGAACAUUUAAGAUCGU